GUUAUUUUUUCAAAUCUAAUAUCAAUCACAGGUGUCCUAAUCCACAGGUCAUUUAAAAUGACUAUAAACAACUAUAACAUAGAAACUAAAGGUGCAGGUAGCAAGUAAAUGAAUUGCAUAAUGUAAUGCAAACGAAUAAUCACUGAUCAUUAAGGUGUACUUCCAUGUAGGUAUGGACUUGUGGAGGCAGUAUUGAAGUUGUUCCAUGUUCCAAGAUCGCCCACAUCGCAAGGGCCCACAAGCCCUACAUGCUUGACCUGAGUUCUCCCAUGAAGAGAAAUGCCCUCAGAGUUGCAGAGAUCUGGAUGGAUGAAUAUAAGCACAACGUUAACUUGGCUUGGAGUUUGCCAUUUGAGAAUCAUGGAAUUGACAUAGGCGACAUUUCAGAGAGGAAGAAACUCAGAGAAAGGCUGAACUGUAAACCUUUCAAAUGGUACCUGGAUAAUGUGUAUCCUAAGCUGGAUCCCUGGGACGACCUACUCGCAUAUGGAGGAAUGAAGAACCUUGAUGCUGAGAUGUGCAUAGACCAAGGUCCAGUACCAGGUCACACACCGAUUGCUUUCCACUGCUAUUACUAUGGACCUCAAUACACAUAUUAUCGUGGAACGGGUGAGCUCUACAUUGGCAGCAUCAAGUCACAUACGUACGACGACAACCGAUGUUUAGCUGACAUAGGCACAAAUGAAACUGAGCCUGGCCUGUACAGCUGUAAAGAGGCUGUGCAGAAAGGAAUGGGGAUAUACUGGGACUUCACUCAGGGCAACGAACUGAAGAACAGACAAACAAAGAGAUGCCUGGAAAUUAUAAACCAAAAACUUCUAAUACAGGAAUGUACAGGUCAAAGAUGGCAAAGUAAACACAUAAUCAAACCCUUUUAAAGUGUGUUUGAGCUCUGCUCAUAGGGCCGUGGAUAAGUUGCACCUGGAUGCUCUAUUGAAGACAAUAUAUUUACUUUUGCUUCCAACAUUUUUAAUGUUACUACACACUGUACAGCAAAUCCAUCUUCACACAUUCUGUCCCAGUAAAACUCAUGCUUGGAAAUUAAGGUUAUAAAGUUUUGCUUUAGUUAUUAAGUUUCAGCUACAUUUGAAACCAUAAAAUAUUAUUUUUAAGUUUAAUUAGACGUUUUCUCUGUCUGUUAAAAGUUUGAAGAACUUGAGUUUCCAGUAGUUCAACACAUUAUCAUUGCAACACCUGGAGAGAAAACAUCAGGAUGCAUGCCUAAAAGGGAACAGAGGGCUUACUAUUUUGUGGUAUAAAGUUCUCUGGAAUGUAGUACACCAUAAUGAAAAACUGUGAUACAAACAUUUUCCCUACAAAUGGAAACUUGAUGACUGUUUGCCUGAAUUACAUUUUUUUGCUACUGUUUAAACAGCUUUUGCUUUUGUGGUCAUCUGAAGCUUUGCAAGGUUCAGCUUUAAUAAUGAACGAAUCUUAAAACAAAAUGCAUCUUCACCUUUGUAAUGUCUGGUGGUUGGGGUUAGUAUGUUGAAAUACACCUGAUUAAGAUUUGUGUGUAAUACCUCAGUUUAUUGAAUUGCUUAUGGUGUUAUUAGUGCCUGGCUUAUUCUCUGGUUUGUACUCUUGCUCUCUCAGGGCUUUUUUCUGUCAAGAAAAAAAUAGACCCAUGUUCGGGCCUUUGUUUCAGUUGGGUUGGCACAAUUCCCAUCAUUGAAACUAAUGUGUUUACAUUUUUCUUCAAAUGCUGGAAUACUUGGAAAUAAAAUUAACUUAUAGAAGUUGCUAAUGUUUAACUUUGAGCUCAGCAUAGCUUCACCCCAGCAUAGACUGUGCUGCAGUUACAGAAUUCAUUCAUUCAUUUAUUUAUUUUAAUUAAAGGGUUGUACUAGAAGCAAGAUUCAUCAUCUAGGUAAGGUAAUCCCAGAAGGUCGAUUCUUUUCAUUUGGAUGUAGUGCUUUCAGUGAGAGAAACGUUUCUUCACUCAUCUUCUUCAGUCGCUUCUGAUUGAUCAUCAAGUUCAGGCAGCAAGUCGAGGGGAUACAAGGAUACCCACCCAUGCAUUUUAUCACUGUGGGAAACUCCAGACUGGAACAGUGUCCAGUCCCUCGCCAGGAGACAGAGCCCAGUCACAUCACACAUGUUGGGAUAGAUAGCAACAAGUUGUAUAUUAACUCUUGAAUUUACAGGAUUUUUGGUGACACUGCCAGGGGUGGGGGGUUGUAGUUCCAUGUCUUUUUUCUCACAUGGUCUGGUUUAAUGUGUCAAACAACCGUUGUACAUGCAGUGAAGGCUGAUUAUGUUCAUUAGCAAAAUUCAUUCAGUUUUCUUUCACUACCCUAUAUAAUAAAACUGCUCAUUUCUUUUUCCUUAUGUUGGGUGAACUCAGAUGGCUUAACAUGCACUGUGGUGUGGAUGGGGUAAUAACAUUCUCAGAUGUGUUUCAGAUGUGACUUCACCACAAAUAAACUGUGACAAACCGA